AAGAAGAAAUGGAAGGAGAAAUGGAUGGUAAAGUUUUUCAGACAUGUCAAAAGAGUUUUGUUCAAGUUCAGAAUAUAUUGGAUCAAAAUAGGCUGUUAAUCAAUGAGAUUAAUCAGAAUCAUGAGUCCAAAAUCCCUGAUAAUUUGAACAGAAAUGUUGGUUUAAUUAGAGAACUCAACAACAAUAUCAGAAGAGUUGUUGACCUUUAUGCACAUCUUUCAGGUUCAUUCAACAAAUCUAAUGAUGUUUCAUCUGAAGGAGAUUCCUCUGGAAGACCUACUCACAAAAGGAAUAGGCCUCUCUAAAACGUCAGAGAUUGAUUUGAGGUCCGAUUAUCAUCAGACAGUUGAUUGUAGUUUAGCCUCUUCCUUCCCACUGGUCAACAUUCUAAUAAUGAUAUUUGUACCUUCAGAUCUAAUUGAAACAAGAAUUUAAUUUUUUU